GCCACAGCUUAUUCUGAGGUUUCCAAUGGCAGCGACACGGGAUUCCGGGCCGGGGCUCUGCUGUAAGCCCGGCGGGCGGCUGGACAUGAGCCACGGCUUCGUGCACCAUAUCCGACGGAACCAGCUCGCCCGGGACGACUACGACAAGAAGGUGAAGCAAGCGGCUAAGGAGAAAGUGAGGAGGCGGCACACACCCGCGCCGACGCGGCCCCGCAAGCCCGACCUGCAGGUGUACCUACCGCGACACCGAGAUGGCUCUACCCACCCAAGCAACCCAGACUGUGAGGAGUCCGGUGAAAGCAGCUGUAGUGGCGGCUCCGAGCCAGAGCCUUCUGGCCAUCAGCUCUUCUGCUUAGAAUAUGAGACAGACAGCGGAGAGGUCACAUCAGUUAUCGUGUAUCAGGAUGAUGAUCCAGGAAGGGUGAGUGAGGAGGUAUCUGCACACACACCUCUGGAUCCACCCAUGCGAGAAGCCCUCAAGUUGCGCAUCCGAGAGGAGAUUGCAAAACGCCAGCGCAGACACUGACCAGACUGAAGGCAUUCUCUCCAGGCUGAAUUCACUGCCCAGAGAGCUCAACCUCUAGUUUGGGGGUGCCAGGGCCAAUUUGGAUUGAUCUUGAGACCCUCCCUGCAAGCUGCCACAUCCACAGAAAAUAGGUGUUGCAGGGACUAUGCCUGGCCACCUCCUGUGUACCUAGUCUUGUAUGUUGGCCCAUUUGACCAGCCUAAUAACCUGGAAUUUUUUGAGAAUUUUGUUUGGCACUUUGGGGUUCUGGAAGCAGAAACUCCAGAGAAAGCCAACAUAUACAAAGCCUAUGCCAACUUGCUGGUUUUUCACUGACGUCUUAUGCCAUGGGACACCGGGCAUAUUUUUUUUUUUACAUUUCUACUUCCUUUCUUGCUUCUCACUUCCAUCCAUGUUUUCCUAGAUCUUUUUCACAGCUGUUUCUGUGUACUUUUCUUUCCCUCAUUUUUCUGUUUCAGAAUCUAUCCAUUCUAUACUACUCUCUUACCUCCUAAUAUGACUGCACCUCCAUCUGCUCAGGACUUUGGCGGUGGGAGCUUCUGGCAGUAUACCUUUCUCACAAAUUCUCCCAGUAAUUCUGGUACCAAUAAAGUGGGAAUUCUUCAUUUUUUUUUUUUUUUAAGAGAUCUUCAUUUUUGAGGCCUACUUCCAAGCUUGUAUCUCCCUCCCCUUCUAUAGUUUCUGCAAGUUUCUCUCAUGCUUUGCACUAAGGAGACCUAGGAAGAUCAUGAAACUAAACUGUAAGAAUUUCUUGCAGCUAAACCUGCCAUUGUUAGGGCUCAGAAUUCUAGCUUUUGACUUUAUCCCUAGAUGUGAACAGACCAGCCUCUGCUCAGGCUAAUGGGGAAUUAUCAAAAUAAGAUUGAAACUAGUGCUCCAAAUGUGAUUUAUCUCAAAUGUACAUACAAAAGGAAAUUCUGUUAGCAAUAAUUGCCUAUUUGGAGCCCUAGUUGCAAAAAAAAAAAAGUUUGAACAACACCCUAAAGGAAGUGAUGAAAUUAGCCUCUCUCAUUUGCUCCUCCCAUGCCCCAUGCUUUCUCCUUUCCUGCCUCCCAAGAGUAUGUAAAACAGAUCCUUCAACUAAAGAUCUCAAGCAAGAUCUUUGCUUUUACCUAAAUGAAUGUCCUAAUGCAGGAUUGGGCUAAGUCCAUGUGAAAAGUCCACGUGACUUCCUGAAAUUCCAAACCACUUCACUUUUCCAGCAAAUGGGCCUAACCACAAGGACUUGUAUCUAUGGGAUUUAAGUGAUCCUGUGAGCACUGUAACUUCUUGAAACCAAAGUCCCCUGCCCUAGCAGUUUCUCCAUCCCAAGGUCUCAAGAUCAGUCUGAUUGAACCAUCUCAGUAGCUUUAUUGUGCCCUACACCCCUGAAAAAUCUACCAUCCUAGAAAUGGAGCAAGUAAGCUACUUAAACCACAUCAUGAAAAUGCAGCAAGCCAUAACUUGCAGUGCCACAAGAAUGCCAGGAGUGAGGUAGAUAAGGGCCUGAUUGUGAAAGCAGCCAGGGACCAGAGUGCUCCUGACCCACAAGGCUGGCCUGGGGCUAAAUGUCUUUAACUUGCCAGUCCUCGGCUUAGUUCUACUUUCAAAGCAGAAAAUCUGCCCUCUACGUAUUCAGCUGCCCUAGAAGUGCCUUUUGACUCACAAUGUUAACUACCCUGCUGAGCCUCCUGGGUCAAGGAGGCGGUGCCAUACUCCAUUCCCAAUCAGAGGACCAGUCAUUUUAGUCUUCCAGCUCUUCAACUGAUCUUCUAACUUGAACAUAGGAUUUUACUGGAACUCUUAGUUUUGCUAAUCUGGAAAUACUUCUUGGGUCUGACUUCUCACAGCUGGCUGGCCUUUUUCCUGUAUUUAUUACAGAAUUUAGAAAGGAUCAGGAGAGGAGAUCAGGGCACAGCACCUGAAAUCUUAGCCUCAUUCCUGUUUUGUGAGAGGGAAGACAUCUGUACUUAUUGUGUCCUUGUAUGUGUUUGUUAUAUAAUCCUCACACUCAGGUAAGAGACUGAUGGGAACUCCUUGCUUGUAAACUCCUCCUUAGGGCACUUUGCUUAGCAAGUGCGUAUAAGGUAUCUUUCACCCAAGAAAGCAUUCUAAUUUUUAGCUAAUUUAUACAAUAUGAUUAUGUAAAGCACUAAGUCUGGUACUUAAAUGAAAGGUUGUCCUUUAAUGUAGGCCUACUAGUGGUGAGACCAGGUGUGCCUAAAAUGCUUCCCUGGUGAUUACCUUCAGCCAUUUGACAGUCAGUGCUCAGGCUCAUUGCUUUUUGCUACCCCUCAUCUGGAGUCCAAGAUGGUACUAUCAUUGUAUUCACCAGACUUGCCUCCAGACAUCUUAAAGUUGCUUUCAAAUAAUGGUGCUUUGCCUUCAAGGAGCAUGUCCAGAGCAUUUCCCACAGGCUCUAGAGAUGUCCCAAAGAAGACUUGUCCCAUGCUGUUUGGUGCAGUGGCAACAGUGUUGGACUUGCUGGAGCUUUCCAGCAGCUACUUCAGAAUCAACACUCACUUAACCAGACAUGAUCAUGACUGUUUGAAAAUGUCUGGUACCCUGAUAGGCAUAUCUGAUGCCCACCUAAAAUAAAGCGUUCUUCACUUACUGAGGAUAAGGCUUGGGAUUUAAGGUUUUGUAUUUCCAGCUCCAUGAUGGGUGAUGUUAAAUAUAGAAGGAUGCUGAGGUUUGCAGGGGCUUUGAGCUAUGCAAGAGUAAAUACUAAAGCUUGAGUUGCAGCCAACUGGCACGCAUGGAAGUCUUUGAAGAAUAUAAUUCAAGAAGUGAAAAGAAGAAUGUAAAACCUGUGCUGAAUGAGAGCAGGAGUCUGUGAAACCUGGCCAACCAAUAGGACCAACAGGGAAAAUAAGAAAUGCUUCUCUUUGUAGACAAGCCUCUGAAAGGGACAUUCCAUCUCCAUGGUCCACUCUGAGGGCACUGCCAACUAGAGAUUAGUCCAUAGGACUGGAAGAAACGUUGGCUACACAGCAAAGUAUCCAUUCUGCAUUUGGUGCAGGAUCUGUGGAAGGUGGGGUAGUGGAUCCCCAGCAGGUUCACAAAUGCAAAUGAAGCCAUUGCAUAUAGAAAGAUAGGAAUAAGGACAAAUUAUUUUGCUACCUCUGAGCCUUCUUUGGGAGUAUCACCAUGGAAUGUUCACAAUUAUUUGAAACAUUUUAAGCUCGCUUGAUGAAUUCCUGCCCUGUCCCUGAGGAAACAGAUGACCAAGAAGCCUUAGACACCCACCCAAUUUCCCCACUAGUUGGAGUGAUAUUAGAAGUGAAAACUUUGAAGUGAAUGGCUCCACUGCCUUCUCAGUCACCAGAAUAAGAGACUGGUUGUAUUGUUUAUAUUGUGAUACUAAGUGUAUAAAAAGCCAUACAUGUUUCUGUUUUCUCAUUUCCAAUGUUUCUGCUAUGUGGAUGAAUAAAUCGAAGUGUGCAAAUUAUUUGAAAAUCCUCUGAGAAGAUACUUUUCAAAUACAGUGUUCUUUU